CAGGGGUGACAAUCUUAAUAGUGGCAAACGAGAAAACGUAUCAUUAUAGGUCUGCAAAAUGAAGUGAGACAGUAAAUACAUUGAGGUCCUUACAUGGAAGUGUCAUUUUAAUUUGGUAGUAUUAUAAUGUAAGAUAUUAAAGAAACUGAAAUAUAGAUGGCGUUAUUUGUAAUGACGAUGAUGCGCGAUUGCGUAGUAGUUAUGCUUAGGUGUGUAAGAGGGCGCUAUCACAUCUUUUAUUGGUUCUACUCUUACCCUAUCUUUUUUUUCAGCUAAAAUAAAAAAAUAAAUAAUAAAAAUUUUGAGUUGCAUAUUGAAGCAAUUACUAAAAUUUAAUGUUUAUUAUCAAUUAGCCAGAAAUAAAAUAAAAUUCAAGAAUUUAUUUUCUACUGGCAACAUUAAAUCCAUUUUCUACAUGCAACAUUAUGCAAAAAUUGUCAAUCAAACAAAUUUGGCUGCCGGUUUGCGCUGAAGUGCUUUUCGGUGUCUUGUUUGUUUUUCCAGAUUUUUAUCCCUAUUAGUGCUUUAUCCACCUAAGUCCGUUAAGUUGAGCCUCUGCUCCUUCGGCCGUGUCGAUUUUGUGCUUGAGGUGAUCGAAAUCUUGUGAAUUUUGUGCUUGAGAUAGGACUCGUUGACCCGUUUUGUGAUAAUUAAUAUUUAUCAUGUCUAAUAGAAAGUGUUGUGUUCCCGGAUGUACAAAUGGCUUAGACACUACGGGGUAUUUACAUAAAUUCCCUAAUCCAGAUAAGGAUAGGCAGCUAUUUAAUACAUGGGUCUUUCAUAUUGGUGGUGACAUUUUGCAACUUGAAAAUAACCAUAUUUUCAAAUACCGCCGCGUCUGUAAUGAUCAUUUCGAACCAAAAUAUUGGUGCCGGAAUAACCGACUUGCCAAAGGAGCUGUACCUACAAAAAACAUGCCAGGAUUAUCUUGCUCGAAAUUCAGCAUUGAAAAAAGAGCACUAAGACCUCUUCAGAUUUCAGGACCGUCUACAUCAAAAGAACCUGCGCAUCUACAUAUACACUCACAAGGUUCAAUUGAAGAUGUACAAAUGAAAGAGAAUCUUGAUCCUGUCACUUCAGAAUCUCAGUCUGUACACAGUGAUAGACAGCCUCAUAGUGAAGAAGAAAAUGUUGAGGUGGUGAAAGAUCUUGUGCAUCGCAAAGUUAAAUGUGUUAGUAAGAAGGCGGUAAAACAGGUUGCUGUUACGAAAACUGAGCGUGCUCUGUAUCAGAAAAUGCUGCAAGUUGGUGUGAAACUCAGCAAAUGCCGUAGCAAGGUUAAAAGCAGGCAAUCAAGAUCAAGGCCCUGCAAAAUAUUACUACAAACCCUCAAUUUUUAG